AUGGUCCUGCCGCAGAAGAUGGGCUGCUUCGCCGUGAGCAUUGGCUGUGCGUGGCUUCUGGGCUUCCUGGGCAUCGUGAGCUACCACGAGCGCGGCAUGCUGUUGGAGAUGGAGCACCGGGCCGUCGUCGCCGCGGAAGGCGCGAUGAUGCACCACUUCGCGUCGCACCACAAGCACCGCCACGAGCCGCCGGCGCCGCCAAGGCGGACGAAGCUCUUGCGACCGGCGGCGCCGGACCCGAACGCGACGGCGCGCGCGGCGGCCGCGUGGGCCGCGGCGGCGUACGGCGCCGCGGGCGUCGUCGCCGCGCAGCAGGCCGCGCACGCGGCGCACUGCACGCCGGCGACGUCCGGGAGACGGCUCGAACUCGUGGGCCCGCCGCGGAACGCGCGGUGCGGGCUGAGCGUGGCGACGAAGUGCCAGCCGGCGAUCGCCGUCGCGCCGGCCCAGGGAUCCGCGUGCGCGGACUGCGAGGUCGCCGUCGUGCUGCGCGAUCCCCACGAUCGCCUCGCGUCGGCGCUGUCCUGGACCUUCAAGGGCGUCGACGGCCGGAGCGACGACAUGCUCAUGGACGACACCGAGGGCGUCGAGAACCCGCGCUGCUUCUCCUACGUCGGCUCCGCGCAGCUCGCGAGCGACGCCCUGGAUGAUCGCGAGGGGUUUUAUGAAAAUUGCCGCGCCUUUGACUCGGACAUCCAGCCGUUCCGCGUCGGCGAGCCGCCGAGCGACCCGCUCUUCUCGCGGCAGAUCGACUACGUGGGCACCGCGACGAAAUUCCUCUGCUUCGAGAAUUUGGAUGCUGAUUUCGAGACCGUCGUCCGGCCGUACUGCGCGACGGACGCCGCGCGGGAGCGGCGCUGCCAGCUCGACAGCUCCCUGGCCAAGCGCAUCGACGGCUUCGCGGAGGCGUUCGCGCACGGCGAGAAGCUCAAGUACGGCAAGCCCCAGGUCGGCCGCGUCUGGUGCCGGCGCGCGCGGCGCCACACGCAGCAGUUCACGAACGAGAGUAGGGUGGCGAUCGAAAACUACGUCCGCGACGUCUACGCGGAGGACUUGAAGCUCUACGAGAAGCACUGCGGGGGUGUGGCGAGGCAUCCGUUCUGGGCGCCGGACCCGCCGCACCCGCAGAUGCCGCCCAUGCCCGAGCCGCCCCACAUCGAGACGGCCUACGAGCGCAAGCAGCGGAAACUCUCCGGCCACCACUGGUGGAACGUGGCGUUGUCGUUGAAGAAGAUGAGCAAGCACGGUCGCCAAGUUGCAGCAUUCACGAUGGGCCGCCUGUGGCUCUGCGCGGCUGCUCUACUUCCGCUGGCGCUCGGCGAAGAAGUGCUCACGAUGACGAGCUACGACGCCGAGAUCUACUCCGGGCAGACGGCAGCGCUGACGGUGAGCUAUUCGUUCACGGAGGCGUCGCAGAUCAAAUGUUUGAUCAAGAGCUCGAGCGGCGGCACGGCGAGCGCAGCGGUGACUUCCGAGCCCACGGUCACCGGGAGCCUGUCGCUGGAGGUGGCCGUGUCGUCGCUGGACGGCGUCUCCUGCGACUACUACUGGCGGUGCUAUUCGUUCUACGAGACGGCCUCGAACACCUGGAGCGAGCGGACGACGCUCGUGGACCAGGACGCCGGCGCGGUGUGCAGCGCGACGCCCGCGCCGACGGCCGUGCCGACGGGAAGUCCGCAGCCGACGACCUCUGCGCCGAUCCCGCAGCCGACGUCGAGCUUCGCGCCGACGGCCGCGCCGAUCCCGGUGCCGACGGCCUGCGGCCCGCGCGAAGCCGCGGACGCGCCCGAGUUCCCCGCGGAGGACGCGUCGAUCACGACGACGGCGUCGCGCGUCGUCACGCGCGCGACGAACUCGGAACUCGUGGACCUCGGCCAUCCGGGCGCGUUUGUGAGCGGUUCCAACGACCGCCACGACUGCCCGGAUCGCGCGGGAGGGCUGUUAGCGUGGCACGAUCCCGCGACCUGGGCCGACGGCGUGGUGCCCGCCGUCGGCGCCGACGUCGUGGUUUCCGGCGACGUCUUGAUCUCGUCCUGCUCGCUCUCCGAGGGGACGUACGGCGUCGUGACCGUGAGCGACGGGUCGUCGCUGGUCUUCGCGGACGAGCCCAUCGAGCUGCACGUCGAGGGCAUCGUCGUCGAGGGCGAGCUCGUGAUCGGGUCGCCGAGCUGCCGCACGAUGUCGCCCGUCUCGAUCACGUUGCACGGCGCGCGGCCGGACGACACCAUGGUCGCGCAGGAUCCGUCGAUCAAGGGCAUCGACGUGAAGAACGGCACGUUGGAGCUCCACGGCGGGCUGUACGUGCAGACGUGGUCGCGGCUCGCGGUGACCGCCGCCGCCGGAGACUCGUCGAUUCUGAUCCAGGACGCCGUGAACUGGGCCGUCGGCGACGAGAUCUUCGUCGCGGGCACGACGCUCCGCGACGAUCGCGCGUGGCACCAGAACGAGAGGUUCACCGUCGCGGAUGUCCGUGCCGCGUCGCAUCUGGGCGACGACGUCGUCUUCGUGGAGCUCUCCGGGGCCCUGCUCUUCGACCACUACGGCGGCGACGAGUACCAGGCCGAGGUCGGGCUGCUCUCGCGGCGGAUCGUCGUCCAAGGCGCCGCGGAGGACUCCGAGCCCACGGACGCGGAAACAGUCGCGUGCCCCGACGCGUGCUACGAGUCCAACGGCUACGGCUCCUACCCCUGCGAGGACUCGUACCUGACGGGCUUCGGCGGCCACGUCAUGCUCCGCGGCGCGGACGCCGUGGGCCACAUCUCGGGCGUCGAGUUCUACCGCAUGGGCCAGACGAACUUUGAAGGCCGCUACGCGCUGCACUGGCACUUGCUCGGAGACCGCGGCGAGGGCUCCUACGUGACGGACUCGUCGUUCCACCGGAGCUUCUGGCGCUGCGUGACCAUCCACGGCACGAACAAGGUGCGCGUCGAGCGCAACGUCGCGUUCGACAUCGUCGGCCACUGCUUGUACCUCGAGGACGGCGUCGAGGAGGAGAACGUCAUCUCCUUCAACCUCUUCGCGCACAUCCACGUGAUGGGCAAGCCGCCCGGCGACAGCGGCACGGCGCAGUGGCUCGACAACAUCUACGACAGCGCAUCGAACGGCUGGAACACGGUCACGGGCAACGCGGCCACGGGCGGCUUCUCCGGCUUUCACUACCCGAUUCUGCCGUCUCCCGUCGGCGCGCACCGCGACGUCGACACCCAUCCCAGGGCGUCGCGGAUCCUUCUCUUCGACGGCAACUCCUGCCACUCCACGGGCUGGUGGUGGAGCCACGCGGGCUGCGUCUACGCGGGCGGCGUCCUCGAGUACGUCGCGGACUCCGACGACGACGCGGCUCAUCCCGAGGGCUGGGCCGACGGCUUGGUCUACAACCCGGGCCGCGAGCAGCAGGGGUUGAGGACCUGCGAGAUCGACACGGACUCGUGCCCGGCGUCGCCCGAGGACGAGUGCACGGGCGAGUACCCCGUCGGCUGCGACGCCUUCAUGGAGUUCACGAACCUCAAGGCGGCGCUCUCGAACGUCGGGCUCAUGCACUGGGGCGAGCGGUCGCGGACGUCCAAGUUCGAGGCCCACGACUUGAUCGGCGGGCCCGCCGCCGAGGUCUUCGGGGAAGCCGAGGUCUCCGAGGCCCUCGUGACGUGCCGGACGAGCAACGUGCAAACCAUGCCCUGCGAGACGGCCCACUAUUCUGGGGGGGUGUUGGUGGCGGCGGACGAUGGCGCCUACGAGUGCCAGUGGUUCGACAAGCGGUUCUUCCGCUCGAGCAUGAACGUCGUGAAGUGGUACGACACGGCCGUCAACACGGUGUUCUGGAACGCGACGAUCCGCGGCUGCGACCCCACCGCCUGGAGCGACUGCGAAGACGAGUGCUUGGACUCGAUCAUCUACCAGUGCACGGCGCACUCGGACCUGCAUUUGCCGGAGUGGAUGAGCAUCACCGGAGCUAUCGUCUACGACCAGGACUACUCGUCGAACCUCGUCGGCUACAACAAGGUCGAGCCGAUUUCCAUCUCUGGACGGAUGCAAUCUUGGCUCGACGUCGACGGAUCCGCGUGCCAGAAGGCCUGGGGCACGACGAUCCUCGGCUCCAACGUGUUCGAAUGGGACGACGAUUUGUCGGCGGAGAUUGGCUCGACGAUCUGCGAUAACAGCUACGGCGACGGUCCUGAUCCUUGCGAACGCGUCGGAUGGCUCGCACACUUUGGAGCUGCGAACGUCACGGCCGAGGGCGUGAAGCUCAUGCCCAACGCGGAAGUCGUCGGGACCUCCGGUGGCUUCGGCUGGUACCUUUACCUGGACCAGGGCGCGCCCAAGACGCUGCGGAUCUCCCAGAUCCAGGCCGACUUUUCGCCCGAGGAGCCGCCGCGGUGCGCGCUCCGCGAGGGGGCGACCGUCGACGAGCUCGAGGAGCUGGCCAGCGUGCGCGCCGAGGCGAUGCACGCGGCGCUCGAGCAGCCCGUCAAGGAGUCCGGCGGCGCCUACUACCAGGGCCCGCGCAAGGGCACGCUGCGCAUCAAGGAGAAGGCCGAGCACGACUACGGCGGCGACGUCGCGCGAGUCGUCGACGUCGAGCGCGCGACCGGCGUCUACGGCACGGCGAACGACUUCAACGCGGCGAUCUCGAAGCUACGCGCGGCGGCGCGCGGCGAGGAGCUGAGAAUCCUGCGGUGCAAGAACAAUCUGAGCGGGUUAGGGUUAGGGUUAGGGUUAGGGUUAGGGUUAGGGUUAGGGUUAGGGUUAGGGUUAGGGUUAGGGUUAGGGUUAGGGUUAGGGUUAGGGUUAGGGUUAGGGUUAGGGUUAGGGUUAGGGUUAGGGUUAGGGUUAGGGUUAGGGUUAGGGUUAGGGUUAGGGUUAGGGUUAGGGUUAGGGUUAGGGUUAGGGUUAGGGUUAGGGUUAGGGUUAGGGUUAGGGUUAGGGUUAGGGUUAGGGUUAGGGUUAGGGUUAGGGUUAGGGUUAGGGUUAGGGUUAGGGUUAGGGUUAGGGUUAGGGUUAGGGUUAGGGUUAGGGUUAGGGUUAGGGUUAGGGUUAGGGUUAGGGUUAGGGUUAGGGUUAGGGUUAGGGUUAGGGUUAGGGUUAGG